AUUUGGCACAAUGUGCUGUUUUGGCAUUGUUCUAGUCUACAUCUUUCCCAGUCACCAGUUGUCUCGCUUAUGUGUAUCGUGGCUUUGUGUCAUUGUGUUAUAGUUGACUCUCCCAGAUAGGUCUACCUCUGAGACGUAUACGACGCUGAACCUCCUCGAAUACAAGUAGCCGGACGCUGGUCCUGUAUUCGCAAACCAUGACGGAACACGCUCCACUACAGCAGAAACGCUUCGCCCCAGAGACCAGUGCCGGAAUAAAUGGGCUCAUUGCAGCAUGUAACAGAAACGAUCGCUUCAAGCUUCUAGAUGACGAUAGUGUUUUGCCUGGAAACUUAGAUAAUUCUGUUCAUCCCGCGUUCCAUUGGUUUGAUAGUGAAGGGCCUAUGCGGCAAAUGCUGCAGCUAGCCUCGCAUUUAAUCAGCCACGAUACUCUCCUUACCUUUUUCAUACCGCUGUUGUACGGACGCGAACUAACAGUCGCUGUCGGCCACGCACACAAGAACCAUCUUUCAGAUCCCUUGGCGAAAGCGUCCAAAGGGAAAUGCGGUCAAUACCUGGCCGGAGUGCGUGAAGCAUUGCAUUGCAUCGGACACAGCGUUUCGUUCCAAUUUCAACCGCCUGCGAAGCGAGUAUAUGCCCGCACGAUGCGUGAUACUGCAAAACCGAGUCAUGCCACCUCAUGUUGUCCGGCGUUCCAGCGGCAAUAUUCUUGCAGGAUCGAAUUGGCGGAGUGCUUUCGUGAUUACUAUUCCACUGGUGAGUACCAAACGGCAUCGCGGUGUGCGCAAUUUCGGCACGAUUUUCUCUUCGCCACGACACUUGUGCACGAAAUAGUCCAUGCUAUAGGUGUAUUGCGACGAGGCAACUUGAACGAGCCACAUAUCCAAAUCGAUUGUCCAGAAACAGAAUGGGGCUACGGCUGGGAACAUUUCAUGUUUGGUAGCAUUAUGAACCCUCAGGAUAAGACGAAACCAGGCACACACCUCCUAAUGCGCAAAAUCUGGGCAGACCAAACCUUGGCCGACAAUGCUGGAGGUAAGGAGUAUUGCGAUGUCCCCAUGUCUUACAUAGCGCAAUGGUUUCGCAGAAAGACUUGGAGCGUUGUUGCGGAGCAAGGGCCAACUGCCAUCGCAGCCCCAGCAAUACACUUUAAGAUCCAAUCAUCGAACCAAUAUGGAGCCUGGAUAGUGGCAAGUGACCACCCAGAAAUUAAGAAAGAUUUGGAAACUCUCCACUCGCAGUGGAAGCGGCAUGCUAGAAGGUUAGACUCACAUUCCGUAUCGGCACCACCACAGGCCGCUCGUUUGCGAUAUCCGAAGAUUCUUUGGAAGCCUGUAAACAAGACACAACUGCAGGUAGAUAACGUGCCAGUCCCACGACGUCGACCGUCAAGAUUACAGCCUAGCUCGACUUAUGUGCAGAGCCUCACUCAGACCGUGCCAGUGUGCUCCAAGCCAACAAAGACACUGCUGGAAACCAAAUCAGAAUCGCUUAAAGCAUGCCAUUCAACUAUCUCUAGCAGUUUCUGUAUGUCUCGAAAGCGGCGCAUAGAUCUAAGGCAGGAGUGCGGUCGUGUUAACAAAGCCAUCAAGCGAUAA